AUGAAAUAUGAAAUGAAGUCAUUGGAGAAAAAUGGAACCUGGGAUCUGGUACUCUUGCCUAAAGGUAGAAAGCUUGUGGGCUAUAAGUGGGUAUUUAAGAAGAAGUAUGGUCCAGAUGGAAGCACUGACAAGUACAAGGGAACGAAGUUGUCAAUUAAUGACAGUCCAAAGUCUCUAGAUGAGGUUGAAGACGUGAAGUGGGUACCUUAUGCGAGUGUUGUUGGCAGCCUCAUGUACUCAAUGGUCAGUACAAGACCAGACAUUGCCCAAGUAGUGGGAGUAUUGAGUCAGUUUAUGGCAAAUCCAGGCAAGCUGCAUUGGGAUGAUGUGAAAAGAGUGCUUAAAUAUUUUAAGGGCACGACACAAUAUGCUUUGUGCUAUCAAGGUAACUCAACUAGAUCAAGUAGAUCUAUUAGCAUUCGAGGUUAUGUAGACGCAGAUUGGGCAGGGGACAUUGACAGAAGAAGAUCCACUAGUGGAUAUGUGUUCACAGUGAAUGGUGGUGCCAUCAGUUGGAUAAGCAAACGGCAGAGCGUAACUGCAUUAUCUACAACUGAGGCAGAGUACAUGGCAUCUACUCAUGCGUGUCAAGAAGUUGUUUGGCUUAAGCGCUUGUGUUCUGAUGUUGGUUCUGAUGUAGGGAAAAUCACUAUCUUAUGUGAAAGCCAAAGUGCAAUUUGUUUGGCAAAGAAUCCUACUUACCAUGCCUGA